GUACAUAGUGACCAUCAUCACUUUUGACCAGAGUCGGGGAUGAGUUGGAUGACCAGUGCAGUGUGUAGUUCGGUACCGUGCAGAGCGAAUCUGACGCCACAGCAGGCCACGCCACGCCAUGCCACCGACUUGAUUUUAUUGUGCAACAUUUAAUCAGCAGACAUUGAACGGAAAUGAGAAUAUUGUUCAAAAGUUGAGACAUUAUGUGUAAAAUUGAGAAUAUUGUUCUGUUCUAAUUACCCUUUGUCUCAUUGCACAAACAAACUCAGGUUUUUGGUAUGAUUACGUUUUGCGAGUGAAAUAUUAAUAUGCAACUUUUUGUAUUUGUUAAAUUCAACAUUAUUGCAUGAAAGUGGCUUGCGUUCAGUUUGUUUUGAGAGGUUCGUUGGUCAAGAAUGCGAAGGAGCUAGAGGAGGCAAUUGAUACGUAAAAUUGGAGGAAAAUAAGUUUUGGAAAUGAGAAUCUUUUAGUUUCUUGGAAAAGAUUGACAUUUCCUUCAGUGGAAAACUGUAAAGAUGGUGAUCAUACUUCAGCAAACGUUGGAGGAUGGGCAACGCUUCGUCUCGACGGUGAUUGAGGGGGCGGGUGGCGGCGGCGGUGGCGGUGGGAACGCAUCGUCCGAACACGAUUCCUCCAACUUUUCGAUGAACAGUCAACACUCGAUCAGCGAACGGAGUGCAGUUUACAAGCAGAGGAUCGACAGCCUCUUCGGACGUCCCAGUCUCACCGGGAGGAGUUCUAGGUUACUGAGAAGUCCACUGUUUAGUGGGGGUGGUGGAGGUGGUGGUGGAGGUGUUGUGCGUAUUAAUGGGGAAAAUGUGACCAGAUUUUCCAGCCACGAGGAGGAGGAAGACGACGACGACGACGAUGACGAAGAGGAAGACGCCUAUUCUCGCAUUACGGAUAAAACGUCGUCGUCUUCGAGGUCAUCCAUAAUUACGGAUUCUUUAAACCAUCGCGCCAUUAAGAACGCGUGUUCAUCGUCUACUUCGAUAAACGUGAGUAGUGUCCGGAUAACGUGUGGGGACGAGUCCAGGUCGUCGGAUUUGGGACAAAGUGUAUCCGUCGUAAGUAGCAGCAGCAGCAGUAACAACAAUAAUAAUAGUACGGCGUCCCCCGUGACGGUGAGUUACGUCAAUACGACGCCACAAAUUCAGCCGAGGAGCAGCAGCAGCAUUAAGAUUGGGAGCAGUACGACGGAGACGAAUGCGAAUAACAUGUGGCGCAAUGGGACUUAUGGUGAGACUUGUUGUUCCGAGGGGGAGAAAUCGCUGGGGUACGUGACAAGGGGAACGACCCCGCCGAGAAAUAGUGGGGGAGGAGGAAUGCUGCAGUUCUCGGUGGAAUAUUUAGGCUCCGUCCCGGUGGACGGGGCGACGACGUCGUUGCAGGAUUUGCAAGGCCCGUUGAAAAACUUGUAUGGGGAUUUCCUCUCGAGGAAGAACGUGCUCACGGGUCAGCUGGCCAUCACGGCGGAGGGGAUCAGAUUUGAGGCACCCAAGCUUCGAUUGGUCAAUCCCUUUUCGACCAUUGCGGUCUGGGCGGCCAUCAAGUUUGUGGCGAGAGGGGAGGAAUGUGCGUUCAUGCCGUUGAUUAGUGAUCCGGAGGGUCAAGAUAAGAGCCGCCUCUUCGCCCCCAUGGACCCCGAUUUUGCCCGGAUAUACGUCACAUGUCAGUCGAAGGGUGGCGGAGGUUUUAAGAAUCCACCCCUUUUCGCCUGUGUCAUGCGGGAGGCUUCCUUCUCCCUCGACUGUCACGCCUUCGCCUGCAAAUGCGCGGAGGAUGCGAUCGUCGUGGCGGCGAAUUUAUACCAAUCCCUCGUCGACAAGAUGCGCUCUGGUCAUAACAACCACAACUUGGAACACACCCACCACCACGCCACGAGCAAGGAGGGUGAAUCCGGCUACGGCAGUUUGACGAGGACGUCCCCUUUACAAAGUAGUCCGAACAGUGGUGGUGGAAACCAAAAUCGGUCGUCCUCUUCCUCCGCGGCGUCAUCCCCGUUGGGAAACAGUGGCGGUGUUGGUGGUGGUGGGGACGGGGUAAAUUUGGUCGGGGUGGAAAGUGGUCCUUCCUCCUCGUCUGGAAUAGACGACCACAAAAAUCAUAUCCAUCUUAAUUCGCGUUCCGUAUUUUCCGACUCGGAAUCCAUCAUUCCAAUCCGACCUCCCCGAAGGAAGAAGAAAUACUCUGAAAUUCCAACGGGAAACUUGAAACGGUACAAUUCUGAGGAUUCCGUCCUUCUCAAGAUUCCUCAUAGGAGAAAAUCCUUCAAACAACGACCCCCCUAUGUCAACAACAAGGUGAAGAAACGCGUCCAAAUUUCCACCCCGGACGAAACCUCUUCUGGCGAUUCGAUCCACAACGAAUCCGCCAUUGAUCAAGUUCUGGACCGCAUAAUUAAUCCAGGAGGAAUGUCUUUCAACGAUUUGAAGCCGUCGUAUCAGGAUUUAAUUCUGAAAAUCGCCCUCACUCUGACGCAAGAUCAGUUGUACCAAAAGAGUAAACAAGCCAUGAAGAAACAACAGCAUUACUUGAGGAAGUCUAGUAAAGUCAGUUCGAAAAGGUGGGCAUCUUCUGGAGGGGACGUUUCAGAUGACAAUUCACAAUUUUUAAACCAUUUGUUAAAGUCCUUUUCGAAAAUUGGGUCAAAAUCUGGGUCAAAACAGGAACAAAAUAUCAGAUUUUCAAAAAAUAAUCCCGUCGCACCCGCCCCUAGGAAAGUCAUCCUCAAAAAGCCCAAAGAUAUUCACGGUGAUGACGCCGCAUUCAUGUCGUUCUGCAGUGGCUGCAUUUGUGAGUCCUGCUCGGAAAAGUGUUAUUGUUCCCUUCCCAUAAAAAGUGGGGGUUUGCUGAGCAACAGUAAACUGCUUCUGAACGGAAUCACCUUUCCCGUUUCGAAUAAUAAGAAUCAAAAAUGCAUAAAUGUUGGUGAUCCGACGUGCGGCACGCCAACGACGGCGACGGCAUCUUCCACCCCGUGUCCCAUGGGGAAAGCCUGCACCGAAAAGAAGGACAAGAAACAACGCAAACUUUGCGGUUAUGAUUCCGAGAGUUGUGCCGAGAGUGAGAAAUGCUACUGCGAAAUUAACCAAAUUAAGUCGAAUGGGUUGAAAAUUUAUAAUAUCAAUUUGGACACGGAAACGUCUGACACGGAUACGAAUUCUUACGAUUUGGAGCCCUUCAAUCAAGGUAAAGGGCGGCGGGAUGAGGAGGAUGGGAAUUCGAGCAAUAAUGGAGGAUCGAAGGCGGGGGGGACGAGAUCUGUCGAAAUUUUAUCGUAUCAUCCAGCGAAAAGGUUGGCGUACAAUUUGUCCCCCGGACAGCAAACGACCAAUGCAAUGGUGCAUUUUGAGGACGGGGGGCAUAGCUUUCAGGGCAGCACAAAUUCCCAGGUUGGGGGCAUGGUGUCACCAUUUUGCAGUCCCAAGAAAAUGGAGCAGGACUCAAAAAGGAAGAAAUCCCAGCGCGACAAAGUGCUUCUAAUUACAGGAUCCAGUCACUCAUCUCGAUUAGUGUACAAGGACAAGUCCAACGGCAACGUGACGACGACGACGCCGACGUCGACAACGCCGUAUCAUCACAAUCAGCACUCCUCCGGACCCUCUUCCUCUGACGGGAAGAAAUCUCGGAAUGGGAUGCAUCACAGGAAUAAUAAUCUCCUCGACAUUAUGGAGGUUGAAAUCAAUGAGGACGACGAUGACGAUACGGAUCAUCGCCACAGAUCCACGGACACCGACACCGGUGAAGAUACCGGCAGCGGUGGUGGUGGUAUCGCCCCCGAGAAAGUGCUGUCCAUGAAAAAAACGGCGGAGAUAGCGGCGAUGUUUACAGAUCUGAAAUUGGACCAGACUACCAACGUGAUUCCUGAUUUGGGAUCGAGCAACAAUUUCGAAUCUAUGCAAAAUCCGGAUGAUUCCACGGCAUCGUUAGAUUUUGAAGCGUCUCUUGGAUAUUUGCCGUGAAGUUUAAUACAUAAAUUAGAUAGUUUUAUACAAUUCACGCUAUUUUUCAUAGCUGGGUAAGCUGUGUAAAGUUUCCGAAAAUCUGAAACCCCAUAAACUGGACAAUCAAUUAUUGCAAUUAAUUCCUUAAUUUUGUCCCAGUUUGUGUACAAAAUUUACACAAUUUACAUAAAAAUCUAGUAGCGUACAUGAAUACUCUCAAUUUGUAAUUCUAUAAAAU